AUGUAUCAUCGCCAAACGACGGCAACGAUCAAGGGCCAUUUUCAUUCAGCACACCCCACAGGACAGGAGACGAGGAUGAUGAGUCUGAGGGGACGCCGCUGCUUGGUUCCGCCGGCAUUGCCUCACGGUCUGGCUUCUCCACUAGGACAGCAGCCCAGAGCUUCGCCGAGUGCGCCGCCACCGCCAGGACCGCCUCCGCCGCCAGCCAUAACGGUCGUCGUGACGAAUCGAGCUUCGCCGAGUGCACCGCCACCGCCAGGGCCGCCCCCGCCGCCGCCCAUAACGGUUGUCGUGGCGAAUCGGGCUUCGCCGAGUGCACCGCCACCGCCAGGGCCGCCGCCGCCGCCACCCAUAACGGUUGCCGUGGCGAAUCGAGCUUCGCCGAGUGCGCCGCCACCGCCAGGGCCGCCGCCGCCGCCACCCAUAACGGUUGCCGUGGCGAAUCGAGCUUCGCCGAGUGCGCCGCCGCCGCCAGGACCGCCGCCGCCGCCUCCCAUAACGGUCGUCGUGACGAAUCGAGCUUCGCCGAAUGCGCCGCCACCGCCAGGGCCGCCGCCGCCGCCUCCUAUAACGGUUGUCACGGCGAAUCAGGCUUCGCCGAGUGCGCCGCCACCGCCAGGACCGCCUCCGCCGCCACCCAUAACGGUCGUCGUGACGAAUCGAGCUUCGCCGAGUGCACCGCCACCGCCAGGGCCGCCCCCGCCGCCUCCCAUAACGGUUGUCGUGACGAAUCGGGCUUCGCCGAGUGCACCGCCACCGCCAGGGCCGCCGCCGCCGCCACCCAUAACGGUUGCCGUGGCGAAUCGAGCUUCGCCGAGUGCGCCGCCACCGCCAGGGCCGCCGCCGCCGCCACCCAUAACGGUUGCCGUGGCGAAUCGAGCUUCGCCGAGUGCGCCGCCACCACCAGGGCCGCCACCACCGCCGCCGGUGGCUGUGGUGAACAGGGCCGCGGCCCCAGUGCCCCUCGGGGCGCCGCCUCCCCUUGCUCUCGCCGGCGUUGCACGUGCGUCCGAGCCGCCUGCGCCGUCCUCACAACCAGUGAACCCAGAUCCUCGGAGCCAAACUUCAGGAGCAUCGGCGACCGAGGGCUCCACCAGUGCACGUCAAAGCAGCGGCGGAGCGCCGGUGUGCUCAGCAGGUGUUGGGCCAGCGGCGGUGUCAGGGCUAAGUAUGCAGCCGGGCGGGCCUGGCAGCACCUGUGCCGACGGUGGAGCUAUGGCCUUGGGGGUUGCAGGUGCGCGUAGUGACGGCGAUCAGCACCUUGCUGCGGAGGUGGCUGAGGAAUACGUGUCAGCGCUUCUUGACCUGCUGGAUAUGGAGAAUGACAAGUUCGACCAGGACCUGGUGCUGCAUGUGGUCAAAUUCAUUAGCGUGGUGCUGGUCAGCCCCGAG